GAGAGUGGAGCCUCACGCUGCGGAGAACUACAACUCCUAGCAGCCCCGCGGAGAGCGAGGCGCGGAGGCCCGAGUCACGUGGGCGCCGGGCCUGGGCGGGCUAUUUCUCAGUGCGGCGGCGGCGGCGGCGGCGGCUCGGGGGACCGGGGCCUUUUGUUCGGAGCGGCUGCGGGGGGCCACGGAGCGGCGAGGCCCGCGGCCUUCCCCAGCUCGCUCGGUCCCGGCCGCCCCUUGCGGGGUUGCGGGGCCGCCCCGUGGGCCGCCCGUGGCCUCAGGCGCCGCCGCCCCGCCCUAGGCCCGCCCCGCCCGGCCUGAGGGGAGGAACCGGCCGGACCCCGCCGCGCGGCCCAGCCAGCUCCGGAGUAUUCGCCUCUCCUCGCUGAGCGCUGCACCCGAGGCUACCCCUCGCGCCUUAGGCCGACGCCAUGAAGAUCAAGGAUGCCAAAAAACCCUCUUUCCCGUGGUUUGGCAUGGACAUUGGAGGAACGCUAGUAAAGCUCUCGUACUUUGAACCUAUUGAUAUCACAGCAGAGGAAGAGCAAGAGGAAGUUGAGAGCUUAAAGAGUAUUCGGAAAUACUUGACUUCUAAUGUAGCAUAUGGAUCUACUGGUAUUCGGGAUGUACAUCUUGAACUGAAGGAUUUAACACUUUUUGGACGAAGAGGAAACUUGCACUUUAUCAGAUUUCCAACCCAGGACCUUCCUACUUUUAUCCAAAUGGGAAGAGAUAAAAAUUUCUCUACCUUACAAACGGUGCUGAGUGCUACAGGAGGUGGUGCUUACAAGUUUGAGAAAGAUUUUCGCACAAUUGGAAACCUCCACCUGCACAAACUGGAUGAACUUGACUGCCUUGUAAAGGGCUUGCUGUACAUAGAUUCCGUCAGUUUCAAUGGACAAGCGGAAUGCUAUUAUUUUGCUAAUGCCUCAGAACCUGAGCGAUGCCAAAAGAUGCCUUUUAACCUGGAUGAUCCUUACCCACUGCUGGUAGUGAAUAUUGGCUCAGGAGUCAGUAUUUUAGCAGUCCAUUCCAAAGACAACUAUAAAAGAGUGACUGGGACGAGCCUCGGAGGGGGCACCUUUCUUGGUUUAUGCAGUUUGUUGACUGGCUGUGAAAGUUUUGAAGAGGCUCUGGAAAUGGCAUCCAAAGGUGACAGCACCCAAGCUGAUAGGUUGGUCCGAGAUAUUUAUGGAGGAGAUUAUGAAAGAUUCGGUCUGCCAGGUUGGGCUGUGGCAUCUAGUUUUGGCAAUAUGAUUUAUAAGGAGAAACGAGAAACUGUUAGUAAAGAGGAUCUGGCAAGAGCUACUUUAGUUACUAUCACCAAUAACAUUGGUUCCGUGGCACGAAUGUGUGCUGUUAAUGAGAAAAUAAAUCGAGUUGUCUUCGUUGGGAACUUUUUACGUGUCAAUACUCUCUCGAUGAAACUUUUGGCAUAUGCUUUGGAUUACUGGUCAAAGGGUCAGUUGAAAGCGUUGUUUCUAGAACAUGAGGGAUACUUCGGAGCUGUUGGUGCACUUCUUGGACUGCCAAAUUUCAGCUAAAACGUUGGAGAUCUUUACUAAGGAGUGCCAUUCAGGAGGAACUGAUCCAGAAACUGCAUUCAUUAUUUGUCACUGGGAACCAAAGGAUAAAAGAAUAAUUCUAUUUGUGUUCAUUUUAAAUGUCAGAAUGGUAAGCUUGUGAGCUUUGCCGCAUGGAAAGACCUAUAAUGGGAAGUAUCCCUCAUUGAUGUCCUCCUGUAUGUAUAGAUAGCCAGCGUUCCAUUUUACAUGCAAUACAGCCUCUUGAUUGUUGAACAAUGAUUUUCUAUUUAUUUGAUGCAGCCAACAUUGUAGUACUGUGUGCUCAGACACAAAAUUUAAAAUCUCAAAAAUGUUUGUUUAUGCAAAAUAAUUGAUUCUAAAUAUUUGUUUUUUUUUUCUUUUUUUUUUUAUCCUAAAUGUUUGAGUCUGUUAUGUAUGUUUGGUUACUAGUGAGCAGGAAGUAACAUACUCUCAUAAUUUAUUGUACUGGCAAUCAAAGUUCAUUUUCUGUGACUUAGAAAUGUUAAGGCAAUAUUAAGUAUUAACUAUGGUAGUUUUAUAACAUAUCCUCAGAAAAGCAUGUCUAUAUGACCUCUGCCCAUAAGUAUAAUUUCUCUCAGAUGAUGAGUUGAAAUACUGUGUUUAAACACGAACCUGAAUUUUUCUAUUGAAUCCCUGAAGUUUUUGCACAUAUUUGGUGGCGCAAAAACUUUAUCUCAUGCAUUAAUCAGUAUAUGUGUUAAAAUGUUUACUGUUUGUAAAAUUGAGGGCAUAAUCACAUACUUUGGAGUCUUAUCUAUUAAGUCCUUAGACUGUUCAAAUGGAAUAUGGUCAGAGUGAGUGACAUUCUAUGCUCUUUCUCUACCGUGUGUAUCUCAGGCCCAAAUGUGCAUUUCUUAUCAUUAGAUGUGAACUCUGGAAGCUGAUUUGUACCUUCCAUAAGCAGUAGCAAUGGACAGAAUCAGAUGCUAUCUAAAAGAAUGUUUUAAAGUUAUAUGACUCUGGGCAGCGUUGCUAAAUUGCAGAUGGUUCAAUGUUUAUUGUUUUUGGUCAUAAAAGCAUUGCAGACCAA